AUGAUACCGACUCGGCGCGUGAUCUCCCCACCGACGCCUGUCUUGGAGCAGAAUCGCAAAGCAGCUGUUCCAGGCCGGUCCCUUGCAGAGCUCAACACGGAUGUAUUGUUCGCCAUCGUAUCUACCCUCCCGCAAAAGGACGCAUUGGCGCUGUCCUAUACCGCAAGAGGGCUCUACCACAUUGCGAUGCGCAGGGCCCUCGCCUCCGUGACGCUCGAAAGCCCCAGGGACGUUCUUCGUGCUUGCCCGUACAUGCUGGCCGACGUCCCUAACCGCCUGGGGUGUGUGCGCACGCUAGAGAUCAAGAAAGGCCCUAUCGGCAAACACAUCUUUGGGCGGUACGGGCGGCCUAAGGGCCGCUCAUAUGAGGUUUCGCGCGUGCUCACGCUUGUGACAAACAUAUUACAGGGUGCUCGCACUACCUUGCGGAUGCUCAAGCUUGAGGCGCUUUCCGACUACAUCGAAUUGCCAGGUUGCGUGGCGAUCGCAGCUAUGGACGGUCUCCAUACGCUGGAGUUUCAGGACUUUCAGUAUAUGGGGUGGACCCGGCUGGGAUUCUUCCGCGGGUCCAAGAUGGCGGGCCGACUCCGUACCCUCGUCCUCCACAACAUAGAUUGGUGUCAGGUGGAGGACGUGCUGGAGGACAUUGUGGCGAUGGACAACUUGCAGACACUCGAGAUGAAGGGCGUUUUGGACCUCCCUACCGUCACAUCCUUCCCUCAAGACCCUUCGGCUGUCUAA